AUGGGGGAUAAUCCACCUCCUCGGGAAGCCACGGUUAAUAUUGCCGAUGACAAAAAUAGAGGCAUACGGGACUAUGCAACUCCCGAAUUUGGUCAAUUGACCUCGGGAAUUGGUAGGCCCGAAAUGACAGCAACAUCUUUUGAACCUAAGCCGGUUAUGUUUCAAAUGAUUUCCGCUAUGGAAAAUGUGGUUAAGCCAAAUCGUAAAGAUUGGUCGCUUAAAUUGGAUGAUGCACUUUGGGCUUACCGUACCUCUUUCAAGACUCCAUUAGGCAUGUCUCCGUACCAACUUGUUUUUGGAAAAUCUUGUCACCUUCCGUUAGAGUUAGAAUAUAAGGCAUUUUGGGCUAUUAAGGAGCUUAAUCUAGAUGCAACUCUAGCGGGAGAGAAAAGAAGGCUCCAACUCAAUGAGUUGGAAGUGUGGAGGUUGAAGCUUUUCUCUGGAAAACUCAAAUCUAGAUGGUCGGGACCUUUUACUAUUGUUGAAGUGGAAAAAUUUGGAACUAUCGAUCUUUUGAACCUACAAGACAAUACGGUUUUUAAAGUGAAUGGGCAUCGGGUCAAGCAUUUCUUCCCAGAAGGAAUGCAAGAUCCACGCCAAAAAUCUCUUUGA